AAUUUUUGAUUCAUGCAAUACUUAUUAUUACGAAUUGCUCUGGUUCUUACAAAAGGCAAACUUAACCGAAUUCAUUUGGUCAGAUCUAUUUGCAUCAGAAGGAAGCGAGUACGAGGAGUUUCCAAAUCUUCCCAAGAGAUUAAUUGAAGUUCACCAAAGGGCGUACGAAACGCACACCGACAUCUCUCCAACUCUCACUCGAGGAAAGGCACAGGUAAUAGUCUCGUUUUAAAGUCUCACAAGGUAAGGGCGUAGGAACAUGUCGACCGAACUUUUACAGAAUUGCUCUACAACACAUUGUGGAAGCACAACAUAUAACUCAAAUGUAACAAGCUCUGCUCAGACACAUACCCUCGAAAAUUAUACUACGGCAAGGCUGGAAGAGGCAGAUAUGCCCCUCAAAGAGGUGUUAAAACUAAGUGUAGAAUUGUUAAUUGCUUUGUUCGGUGUAGUGGGUAACGUCUUCGUGACAAUCAUCAUUAGUAAAAUGGGCAAGAAAACAGGAGUGGAUCUCUAUCUUCUUAACUUGGCCAUUGCAGAUCUCAGCUACCUGUUGUUAGCAUUGCCUAUAGGAAUAAUCAAACAGAAACUUCCAUUUAAAUGGCCUCUUGGAAAAUUUUUUUGCCUGCUCCUGUGUCCUUUCACUGACGCAACCAUCGGAUCAUCUAUAUGGUUUAUUGCAAUUAUUGCCAUUCAAAGAUAUAGAAAGGUCCUCGCUCUUCAAGCCAAACGCAGUGACGAAAAAAACACUUCCCUAAGAACGGAUAAAAUCGUAGUCGGGUUUGUGUGGGUGACGUCGUACUGCUUCUUUUCUAUUCCACUCAACAUUGUUUACAGAUAUCUGGAGAACGACCAAAUGAAGUAUUGUGGUCCAGUUUGGCCUCACUGGGAUAAAACGCGUAUUUUAUUGCGCACGUAUAUCGCUGCUUUAACGUUGCUCUCUUAUAUAUUGCCACUUUCUGUGAUAGCACUGACUUAUAUUGGGAUAGCACGCAGAAUUUCUCGCAGCACCAAAUUUCUGAAGGACAUGAAAAUGAAACAAAACGGCGAUUCACAAUCAAGUGAUAAAGUUUUACGUUGGUCCAGAGUUGAGGCAGAGCGACUUCAGCAGAACAAACGAGUGAGGAAAGUCUUAACGCCUUUAGUUUUGAUGUUUGCCAUAACCAUGCUUCCUUUAAAUGCGAUGCGUAUUGUACUUGCUUCCUGGCCAGUGGUCGUCGAUCAUAGAUACUAUAAUGAUACCAUAUUCGUCCUUGUGUUAUUUGUUGCGAUCAAUUCGUCUGCAAAUCCUGUGAUCUAUUCACUGGUCAACAAAAACUUCCGCAAGGCACUGAAGGAACUAACACCUCGCCGACUACCUUGUCCCUUUAAUUUUUUGUCACGUUCAUGGCAACCUACUCAGCUAUCCCAUAAUCAGAUGCCCGCUUUUUACAUAAAUAAAACUUUUAAGACGUCGGAAUCGGCGAUUCCGAGUGCAACGUCGCAGAUUUCACUGUUGGAACACUUCUCACUAAAAACUGUCAGAAGCAGCACGUCUGCAAUCACCACACCUUAGUAGGAUCGAGGACCACGGCAAUGCAGAGAAUGGCGGCAAAAGAAUAAAGACUUUUGAUGUGUUCUGUUUGCAUAAGAACUGCUUUAAUCUGGCUGCUAAAGACAUAUUUCUAUGCCAUUCAUUUAGCAUCUGCCAUUUGCAUAGCUGUCGAUUAUGUGUCACGGUUCUGCUUGGUUCCAAAUUUUAUUCCCUCGAACGCAGGCACUGUUCUGAUCAUUGAAAAUUAGGUACCAUGCGCUUUUUCACCGAGAAGGAUUUUUUUUCUGUUGAUGGAUUCUUGCCAGCGAGCAACCAACCUUGUAGCAUAAUACCUCAAAACACUAAGACACACGAAACUGACCUUUCGUUUAGCCGACCUACUUUCACCGAGGAUCGAUUUUCAAUCGCAAACUAUGUUGAAAAUGCUAAGGAGCCCCUUGGCGACCAAUGGUAGUAGUUGUAGUCGUAGUAGUAGUAGUAGUAGUAGUAGUAGUAGUAGUAGCAGUAAUAGUAGUAGUAGUAUAGUAAAAGCAGUAUUGGUAGCGUUAGUAGUUGUAGUUGUUGUCCUUGUAAUUUUUAUUUUGUGUUGUCGUUAGUUGUUCUUGGUCAGACAUAUGCUCCUUCACUGAGCUUUGGCAAAAGUAAAUGUGUCUACACCACCAAUAAGGAUGAACAUGUGGCUUCGCGUUUAAUUUCAAAGUUUAAAACGCUUCUUUCCAUAAUUUUGUUCAAAGAAAUCAAGAUUAUCAAAAUUAUUUUAGUUUCAAUUAACCCAUUUUUAAAUCACCGGUAAUCCUUGCAGUGUGCUUGGCUCGUUCUAUCGCUUGCUCUAAAUCGCAUUGUGUUUCCUCCAACCUAUGCAUGUGUGAACGAAAUAUUGAAAAAGAGAAGCAAAUGAGAUUUCAAAACUUUUUUCCAAAAAAUGGGUGAAUUUAACUUCCGGCUCCUUUUUUUUAACAAUCAGGCUCAGUGCUGGAUCAAAGGAAUAUUGAAACUAACUAAAAAUCCUAUUUGGGAGAUAGAACUUUGCGAUUUCAAAAUGGCUGUAGUGAUGAUUGAACUUCUCGCGAUGUAAUAUCGCCUUUGUAUAAGAUAGUUAAGACUAAUCCCGUAACAGUAUCCGGCGAGACGUUUUAGAAUUAUUGUGCGAAAAAAUGGCAUUUUGUUUGGAAUGAAUGGUUACAAAGUGUCGUCGUAAGUUGUCCUUGGAAAACCUUAAUUCCACCUAAAUUAAAAAGAUAACAGUAAGUUACUAUUUGCUAAUUAACUGUAUUCAAAUGUACCGGCUUAUCAGACUAAAUCCUUGGCAAGAAGUGACAUUAGUAGAACUGCUCCGGUGAUUAUUGAGAUACGCGCACUUUGAUUGGUCGCUGAUUGCGUCAUAUGUCGCUUUAAUCACCUCGCACGAGGUUAUUAGAACAAAGGCGCUAAAUUUCAAAAUGGCUGCCUCACGUUUUUUUGGAAGAAAAUAUCAUUCUGAAACGCAAAAAAGAUGCUAACAAGUUUGGCGUAACAGUUUUCAACAGAAAGAUAUGAUUUUUUUUGCAGGUGGAAUGAAUGAACCUGUAAAAUUCCAGUGGAAACUGGCCGCUUAUCUUGAUACGAGUAAUCCAAACAAUGGUAAAAAGAUUUACAAUUUUGAAUUUUCUUAGGCGAGUCUAAAACAGAAUUCGAAAGCAUCUCAGCAAUUAUACUAAAACAGUUAUUCGCCUCAGGCUCAGUGAAUAUUGUUGAAUA